AUGGUCGAACUUCUUUAUACGCUUUAUUUACUUGUUCUUAUUUUGAUUUCAUCGUAUUCUUUGCUUUCUUAUUCUCAUUUUAUUCACCUUUCUCUUUAUUUUAUAUUCGUAUUUUCCAUCCAUUACAUUUUUUCAUUCUUUCUCUUUCUAUUUUUCCUUAAUAUUUCACUUUACCUUUUCUCCUUCUUUUCGUUCCUUCACUUAUCUCAUUAUUCUUUCUUUUUCUUCCUCCAUUUUUCUCUUUAUUCUUGCUUUUUGGUUCUUUACUCUUCCCUUUCUUCCUUCUUUUUAUUCCUUCACUUUCUCAUUAUUCUUUCUCAUUCUUUUCUUUCAUUAAGUUUUAUUUUCAUUUUCCCCAUUUCUCGAGUAGUCCAAUUCAGUUUACAAACACACGUGAUCAUUAAUCAUUUCUCUCUCAUUCCUCCUCCUCAUCUCUCUCUCUCUCUCUCUCUCUCUCUCUCUCUCUCUCUCUCGCUCAAAUACACUUACACUCGCUUGUACAUUCUAGCUUUCUCUGUUCACGUGGAAUAUCUUCAUAUCUAUCUAUCUAUCUAUCUAUCUAUCUAUCUAUCUAUCUAUCUAUCUAUCUAUCUAUCUCACGCUCUCGUAUUCUGUCGUCUUUCUGCUGCAAGCUAUCUUAAUUACUACCCCUUUAUCUACUUCUUUUUCUCCCAUCACAACUCUACCGCUCUAUUUUAUCAGUUUAUUCAUUCAGUUUAUCUCAAUAAAAUGCUUUCUUCUCUUUCUUCAUGUUAUAAUUGUUCACACUACGUACACAUAUACACUAUUUGCAACUGA